AUGAUGAUUCUUCACACUCACACUCUGCCAGUGAACAUCCUUCUGAAGCUUUUGAAAGCUCCAUUGAUGAGCUCCAUUGUCGAAACACCCUCUCGAUUCGAAGCUGGUUUGAAUACAGCUCCUGACACGGUCAGGCCGGCCCCCCAAUCUACUCGACAGCUUGAUGAAGCUGGUUCUCUUGAUGAGAAUAUUGGACACCCAGAUGUCUACCGUUCGGGCGGGGCAAUAUCAGACCAACAGAUGGAACAUCUCAAGAUGACAUUUGAGAUAGAGAAGGAGAGGUGUAGAGUCCUAGAACUCGAACUACAACUGGAAAAACUCCGUCAACAGAGAUUCUCUACAGAUCGAUCACAGAAUGUCAACAAUCAUCCUGUCACCAUCUCAACAGCUACAACAGCUACAAUGCACAAUCUGAAGAUCCUAUUCAAUGCAGCCUGCAAAGCGGCUGCGGCGAUUCCUUCAGCGACACCAGGCCUACCAACUGCGGCCUGUAAAGAGAUUGCAGCAAUUCCUGAUCCAUCAAUUGAUGAUCUGUUCAUUGAUGAGGAAAUCCAACCUGAGUGUCCAUUAUUUCUCAUACCCACUAAUAAUUGGUGGAUUGACUAUGAUAUCUCCGCGAGAAUACCUACCCUUUUAGUGCAGAAUACACUGAACUCCUCAGAACUCACAGUUGAAUCUGAUGAUUCUCUGACAUCUACAAGAGAUAUCACUACAGUGGGGGAAGCUUCAGUGAGGGACAGUCUUGAAGACCUACCCACCGAUCCCAAGAUCGCUGCACUUCCAAUCCUGAAAAACCUCACGCGCGCCAAAGCUUCCAUGAAAUGGAAGUAUUAUUACAAGGCCUGUGUUAAAGAGGUCAACUGUUUGAAAUAUACACGUUGGAAAGAGAAUAUAAAGAAGAUAGGGAGAUAG